CUGCUUUAUACUCUACCGCACCGCUAUCGCUACCGCUACCCGUCCUGCCAGAUUGCGCCCGGAGUGCCCUGCUAGUCGACCACAUUUGCAUUGGCCGCGUGCACGCCAGAAGUACCGAGCUUCACAUGCGACUUGACGACGCGCUUACACCGAUCCAGAGGAACGAUUUUGUCACCCUUCUUACCUCACGACGCCCACCUCUACGCACACUCUUUAAAUUGAGCAUACGCUGCCUUUCAUGAGCGAUUAGGAGCAUCUCCAGCACCUAGUCUGGUGUGAGAAAACAUGGGUCGAAUAGCGGAGCGUGAAGAACGCGAACAAAGAGCAAGGUAUAUCGUCAACAGAGCUAUACCAGAGAAACUCAGGGCCAGUCCGAGAGCCAAACAUGGUGUCAGUAAAGCUGACCUAAUCGUCGACCCUCAGCCUGUGAUCAAUACUCCGACCAGCGCUGUCGCAUCCGUCUGCCGACCAGAUCUGAAGAUCCGUGUGGUGUGCGAUGAUUCUCUUUCUGUUGCAUCCUAUCUCUCUGAUAGACCUUACGCGCCCAACAGGACAGUGGAAUCGCGAAGGGCCAGCGAAACUCAGCCGAAUGUCGCGGUGCACAGCAUGGCUUCAACUACCAUUCGCGGAGGUGGUUUCCUCGAGGGAGCAAACUCACAGGAAGAAUUCCUAUGCCACCGGACAACGUUGUACGCUUCACUGUACGAAGAGUUCUAUGCUCUUCCGAAUGCCGGAGGGAUCUUCUCGCCAGAUAUUCUCGUGUUCCGCGACAAACACUGCAUUGAGCUUCCAAAACGCCAUCGCUUUUUCAUCGACGUAUUGUCUGCUGGUCUUACAAAGCACCCGGAUAAUCGAGGCCGCUUUGAUGAUCGCGAGGCAUCCUGCAGUUGUGGUGUCAGCUACUGUGACAAUCAUCGCGACAUAAUACAGCAGAAGAUGAGAUCUGUCCUGCGUAUGGCCCAGUUGAAAGGCACCCAGAAAUUGGUUCUUGGGGCAUGGGGAGUAAACAAAGCAAUGAAUCAUCCAGUGCAAGAAAUUGCCAAGUUGUGGAGGAAGGUGAUUGCAGGCGCGCCUCGUCAACGGAGGCCGAACGCAGAACAAUGGGAGGGCAUUGACGAAAUCAUCUUUGCUUCAGUUGAGCCGAAACAUACCGCGGCCUUCGAGAAGGCAUUUGAAGGUGUCCUAACUUACGAGCCGCUCGUGCCGGAGAAUGAAGAGCAGUACCUUGGGCAGCAGAGAGAGGACGAAGAACAGAUCGACCUGUUGGCUCAAAUCCAGAAUUUGGAGCUCCGGAUAGAGCAAGCACGCAAUGUGUUCUCAAGAUCCAAGAUGAAGGAUGAGCUUCGAUCGCUAAACCACCAGCUGAACCUAGGUCGUGCUGCAAAGGUCUUUCAAGAAGACGAGGAGGCCGCGGAGAAUGAGGAUGUUGAAGACGAUUACGUGGUGUCCGGCUAUCCUGCAUCUGAUGAUGACGGUAAUGCCUACUAUCCUUUCGAUGGGACGACCUCCGACUCUGCCAAUGAUUCCGAUGGCGCGAGGUCAGAAGUGUACGAAUUCAGGUUUGGCCAGGGCAACUCCGAUUCCACGUUAUCCCAAGACGAGGAUGAAGACCUUCUUGGAGGACAUUCGUGGGUAGGGUGCCAGCCUUCACCACAAUUCGACCCUGCUACAGGCUGGUUCCAAGGUUCCAUAGACCAACUGAGUGCGCACGUUCGUGGAGGCACCCGCAUCAAGAGCGACUCGAUCAGUCCGAGGAGCCCGCUCGUAAGGCUAGAUUCCAACACAGCGAACGAACAGAAUCCGGUCAAUGGCUUUCUGGCCAGAUUCCAGAGGAACGAUGUAGACGACCAGAGUUGAAAAUUCUUUGAUUCCCUUGUAUCGAUUUAUGAGCAUGCGAGUCUGAUAUACGGCGGAAAUAUAUUGCAUUGGAGAAAGAGUGCGGUUUCAGCAUCUAGCGACAGAAGCAUUUGGAGCGGGUGGGCAUUGUAGCCAGGCGUUUGGUGGGCUGGAAUAAAUCUCUCUUCUUGGCAUAUGAGAGAAGGUUGAGUGGAUAUGUAUCUACGAGAAUGUCCGAAUCAAAGAAGAUUCCUGAAAAGUG